AUGUGUCCUUUUGGAAUAUCGGAGAGCUAUAUAAAAAAGAAUGUGGAUAUUCAUUUUGAGCAAAGAAGUAUGUCUGACAAGAACCCCAAAAGAGUAGGUAGCACAGGACUAGACCUCUGGGGCAAAAUGAAGCCUCCCCGCAUAAAAGUAUUUGACUUUGAUGAAAGCAUAUCACAAAUCUGUGUUGACAUGGAAAGCGUGAUGUUCCCAAUUAGCACCACGUCGCGCGGCUGGUGA